GACAGUUAAUGAAGUUUAAUGAAUAACAUCACGGAUAGACUUCGCAAGAAAAGAGGUCUUCAUUCCGAUGCAAGUGUUGUACCCUAGAACUUUUAUGUAAAACCAUCAAAGUCAAAGACCAAGACUUACACGAGGUAUUCAAGGCAAAAGACUUAAAUGGUCGACAUACAGCAACCUGACGGGUCUUACGGAUCCAGCGAGGACUCGACCCUUCCCAUGAGCCCUCACCACAGUGACUAUGACACGUCAUCUAUGGGCUCAUCACGGAGGAGCCCACGCUCAAUCAGCCCUGCCAGCUGCCUUCUGAAUGAUAGUCUGGAAUACCUUCAACAUGCGUGGACUGGGCAAGGUCCGGGGCAUUCUCUUGGUCUUGAUUAUAAUACCUUUGACCUGUUUAGACCAGUCAGUGGCAACAAUUCGAGGCAGAGUACACCGCGCACAUCUGGAAUGCCAAGUCCUGGAAUGGCCAGAAUGCUCCGCGAAAUGGCCAGUGACUCGGACAGGGUCUGCAGUCCGGAUGCUAGUACUUUGUACACCAACCGGACGGAACACUACAACCCGUCUGGGUUCGGACAACACGCACAUGAUGAGUGCAUGGAGUACGGUAAAUGGGCCAACUGCUUUCUCCAGUUCAGCCCGCAUGGUGCUCACAUCACGGACCUGACAAGAGAUCUCGCGGACGGACUAACACUGAUCGACCUCGUCGAGACACUGAUUGGAGUAAGCGUUGAGCCCAUUCAUGUGAAACCUGCCCUCGAGGUACAACGGACAGAGAACAUACAAGCCUGUCUGGAUGUCCUGACUUGGAAUGGUGUCAACGUCGAUAACAUUCCUACAGAGGAUAUUGUUAAAGAAAAUACAAAAGUUGUUCUUGCGUUUUGCAAAAUAAUGCGGAAUCACUUUGGAUCAUCACCAGCUACUCCUGUGGUUAUCAAGCCGUCUCCUCGACGCACCCCACCCUGGCAAGAGCAGCUUUUGCCACCGCGAGGCCCUCUCUCGCCACUACAAACACUUUGCCCGAGUCCAUUAUCGCCUCGGUCCACACGGUCUCAUUUUGCCGGGCUGGCUGCCGAGGACUGUGCUCUUCUCAACUGGGUUGGUAACGUGACGCGAACCAAGGUCAAGGGCUAUGAAAGUUUUCAGGAUGGUCACAUCCUCUGUUUGCUGCUCAACCAUUUGACAGCAGAGGAAGCUAUUCCUGCCGUGGUACUAGAACAUGGAUUACCCUCUGAGAAGGUCUCCCUUGCUCUGGAAGUCAUUCGAGACGAGCUGAACAUCGAGGCCGAUGUGAGCACAGACGAGGUCCUGGAGACAUCAAAUCCUGGUGCCCUUGCUGAGGUGCUCCGGUUUCUCCACCAGUUCUACAUUCUCAAGUUAAAGUCUACGCAAGAGGACCUGGACAGCUUGACGAGCAAUGGCACAUUGAAAAGGGCCAGUCAAAAGAGCGACGAGUUUGGAAUAACGACUCAAGAAUCUCAACAGAAACGGGAGUAUAACGAGCGGAGUAGCAAACCAAACAAUCGCGAGAAAAUUUUCCAUGAAAGCAACAAUGGAAGAGAGGAGGAUUUUAAAAGUAUUAAUAGAAAAGGUUUAGGUGUCCUUUCUCAAGAUCCUCGUAAUGCUGGUCCAAAGUACAGCUCAUACUUUACGAGUUUUCAAGACAGACAUUCUAGAGAGGGACUGCCCCCCAGUGAAACGAGUUUUGAAGGAAACCCACCAAAAAAUGAACGCCGAUCUCUUCCCAAAUUGCCAGAAAGGAAACUCGAAAGCAAAAGCAGUUCUAGUUCUUUCACAGACAAUUUUAUUUCUCUUAAAAAGGAAGUAAACGAUUUCCAUGACGAGGAAGAGAGUGCAUGGUUAUUAGAAUUCAAGAAUUCUAAAAACCGCCGAUCAAUUGAACAAGACAUAGAGCUAUUUUCAGACCUAAAAGCCGAACUUGCCGGGUUUGAAAAAGAGAUUAAAGUAUCGACAAACAGGAAAUUGGUUUCAAAACAAGUGCCAAAACUAAACUUCGACUUUUUGGUGCCCAGUGAAUCGUUAUUUGAUAUAGAAUCACCUCGGACGCAUUUCACAGGGGUUUCUUACAAAGAUAAGUGCGAUAGUGCGAAGGCGAAAUUGGCGGACUAUGACAGGCAGUUAGAGCUGCUAAAGAAACAGUACUUUGAUGUCAUGCAGCAGGAAUAUAGACCAGAACCCUCCGAUGAUGGCAUACAAAAGCGGAACUCCUUUCCUGGUGUAAGCUCUCCACUUUUUGCACGGGAGUACGUUAAGGCAGAUAAUCAGCAUGAAGAAUCGAGGUUGAGUUCUAACCUAAAAGAUAAAGGAAAAUCGAAAGCAAGCCGGCGUAUAAAAUCGCUAUCGGCUGGCGGCAUACCAAACCAGCUUCUGCAGAGCUAUUCUAACGUCCAGAAGGGGACUUUCCCCCCUUAUCGAACUUGGUCGAUUCAUAUAAGUGAAAAGGUUCGAAAUACAUCUGUAAAAAGCAGAGGUAAUGACAAAAAGGCUCCCUCGAUUAGCACAAGGACAGAAUCUGAAAAGGAAAAAUCUUCUAUUGGCAAAAUAGCACCUCGAAAUUACAUUGAGUCAGAGCGGACGAUGAAGGAGAAAUUUGUCGAUGAUGCCAGUGGAUACAGAAACGAACUGACUGGAUCUAUAGGGAAAGCUCGUAGGGAAAGUGUCGACUCGUUGAACUCAACCGUCAGAGGAACUGCCAAGGACGAGACAGACCCCCUCAACAGCAGCUCGCGUUUACUUGGCCUGACAGCCCUUAUCCGAAUGACGGCUAAGAAGGCUAGUGCUGUUUCUGACACCGAGUAGCCAUUGUUAUCCAGACAAGGCAGGGACGCCCUUAUACAGGUGCCGUCACCGAGAAAUCUUUCUUAUCCGUAAGAGCGGGUGGUGUCCCCAUUAUCAAGAAGAUAAGGCAGCUUUAUAUAGGUGCCAACACCAAGAGAUGCAAUUUCAGAUGCGGAUUUCAGACUCGUCUGAGUGAGGCUUGUGAUAAAAAGUGGUUUAAUCAGACUCUA